GGGGACGACGCAUUUUGAGGUCCAAGUUAUCGCUGCAUGAUUGAUUUUCCCUUUUCUUUUGCUUUUCUUCGUUGCAAACUAACAACGAGGUUGUUUGUUGGAUAAAACCGUCGCCAAUAGCAACAAUGUCAACCUUGUAUGUCACAGCCAUUGCAGCAGGUGCAUUGUUCCACAACAUCGUCAGGAACAGGGAAUUUGAUCGUUAUCCAUUCUCCAUUCUUUUUGUGGUCAUAGCAUCUGAUGUGGUUCUCUCGAUACUGCUUCUGCUUCAACAUGAUAACCAUGCCAAUGUCCUAACAUUCUGGCAAGCUCAGAGACUUGCUUUUAGCCUUGUCGCGACGACGAUUCUUUCGCUGUGGACAAACAUUCUUGUUUAUCGCGCCUUUUUCCAUCCCUUGCGAAACUUCCCCGGUCCCUUUGGUGCCAGGCUCUCCAAAUUCUGGAGUUUAGGAAAAGUUGUCGAAUCAAAAGUAAGGUGGUACCAAGUUGCUGGGAAAUUGAAGGAGGAGUAUGGGGAUUAUGUCAGGACAGGACCUCGCGAACUCAUACUUUUCGAUCCUGCAGCCAUUAGUGUUAUUCUUGGCGCUUCAUCCAAGUUGCACAAAGGUCCGUUCUAUGGCUCGACAUCCCCAGAAUCUUUGCAUACGACGAGAAACUCGGACUUCCACAGAAAAAGAAGAAAGAUCUGGGAUUUGGCCUUUAAACAAUCUCUUACUGAUUACGGACCCCGCGUCGAAGAGUUCACCACACAUUUUCUGGCUCGCUUGUCAAAAGGUGCUGAAGAUCCAUUGGUGAUUAAUGAGCUAUGUGUUCAAUACAGUUACGAUGUAAUGAGUGCAUUGGCAUUUGGUAUCCACACUGAAUUCUUGAAUGGGAAAGAAACAGUAGCAGCCAAGAAAGUUCUCGAUAACAUUCAAUCUGGCAUGUCUGCUCUUGCAGCGGUGGUUCAUAUUCCAUGGAUGUUCACAGUCAUUGACGUGAUAAGUUUUAUUGGGGGUCCAAUGAAGGAGUUUAAUGAUUGGUCGGCUUCUCAGGUCGAGGCACGAAGAGAUAUGAAGAAUCCCAAGCCAGAUAUAGUGGGUCAUCUCAUUCAACAUACGGAAAACACUCCCGCUGGACGCGCUCUCCUCAACGGGGAUUCACGCGUAAUCAUUGGAGCAGGCAGUGAUACUACUGCAUCAGCCCUUACGACAAUCUUCAUUCACCUUGCCCAUUACCCAGAAUAUCAAGCUCGACUUUUCGAAGAGCUGAGAUCUGUAUUUGAAGAUGGUACAUUUGCUAAUGGAAAAUCAUCUCCUUUACUUGAUGGUAUCAUUCAAGAAGUAUUAAGAUUGUACGCUCCUGUUACGUUCAACUCUCAGAGGGUCACUCCCAAGGGAGGACUGACUAUUGGAACGGUAUAUAUACCCGGCGAUACUAUUGUUAGCCUCGCAACUUGGCAACUUCAUCGUGACCCUCGCAACUUCAAGGAUCCAAACAAAUUCAUUCCGGAACGUUGGACAACGAGUCCAGAUCUCAUCAUCAACAAGGCGGCAUACUUACCAUUCUCUAUGGGUGUUUACAAUUGUAUCGGAAAAAGUCUCGCGAUGAUGGAACUGCGUUCUGUAAUCGGGAGAUCGAUAGCUGAGUAUGAGGUAUCGUUCCCGAAGAAUGUAAAGUUUGAUGAGGAGGAGUUCUUUGGCAACGUAAAGGAUCAUUUUACCAGUGGAAUUCCAAGGUGUGAGUUAGUCUUCAAGAGAAGAUGAGAGUGGAACUGAGAAGAUGGGCCGACUGCUUCACUAAUGGAAAAGAAUGAGGUGUGUGGAGGGGGGGGGGAUGAGGGCUGGAUUUGUACAUUCGUUAUUUAACCAAGGUCGCCGAUACAUGUGCUCUUCUUAUGUAUAUACAGGUGCAAACUUUCAGGAAGCUAGCAGAUCUGCCCGGUCAGAACAGAUUUUUGUCUGGGCCCAAUUUGAUCGAAUGUGAUUCCA